AUGGAUGACGUGCCUAUGGAAAUCAAAGAUCCUGAAAACCAGAGAGACCAGAAGAAGCAAAUGGCAAACCACCAUAACGGCGAUGAUCCAGCCUCUGAUGGCAAUUGCGAUGACCAGGGCAACAUUGAUUCGAAAAUGAUCGAUCUUAAUAUGCGGCCAGUUCGUACUCAUGGGCAAGGAUCAAAUUCCCAGACUCAGGGGGUAGAUCUUAGUGUGAACAACCAUGACUCUCCAGGGGUGGUGCCAACAGGCAAUUCCGAAAGAGACGCCAGCAAGUAA